GCCUCUCUCUCUCUAGCUUGAGUUGAACGACGCUCUCCAUUGGUCCCCAUUUGCUGUAUCCCUCAAGUCUUCGUUCUUCCAAUUGACCGAGUGCGAAGAACAGUGAACGGAGCAGAGAAGCAAGGUAAGAGGGGGAGAGAUAUGGCGGCCAACCCGCGGCGUGGAUGGAGAUGGGAGUGAAUGGGUAACCACAAGUCAUUCUGGAACUUCUCCAAAUUCCACCGUCGCUCGCCUUCUUCCGCCCUGCCCGCGUCCUCCAGCACCACGGCGGCGGCGGAGAUGCCCAUGGAGUUCCUUUGCCCCAUCUCCUGUUCCCUUAUGGCCGAUCCCGUCAUCGUUCCCCCUUCCGGCCACACCUUCGAGCGCAGCUGCAUCCAGGCCUGCGCCGACCUCGCCUUCUCCCCGCCCGGGCUCGCCGUUGAUCUCGGCCUCUCCCCUCUCGUCCUCAUCCCCAACGUCGCGCUCAAGUCCGCCAUCCUCCGGUGGUGCGAGCGAUCCGGAAUCCCGCAUCCCAUCCCCAUCCCCCUCGAUGCCGCCCGCUCCCUCGUCCGCGGCCUUAUGCCUCCCUCCUUCGAUCCACCUCCCGCCACCCCGCCCCUUGCUCUCGUCGAAGCAGAGGAGGUGGAAAAAGGCGAAUCCUUUGGAGCGCGAGAGGGGACAUACGCGUAUGGUGGAACUGAAAGAGCGAGGGGGGGACGAGGUGAGGUCUUCAGAGGAGCAGCGGUCGAAGAUUCUUACGGCAGAUACGACGGAAAAGGUGAGGCCUUGCUAGCUUCUUCGGCGUUCUCGGAUGAGAAAGAUGGGAUCUUUCGCUCGAGAUCGAACCAGAAUUUUAGGGAGGCGACGAGUCCCAACACUCCUCCCGCUUUCUCCGUUCGCACGAGGAAGCAAGCUUCCUCCUCUCCGCUGUCGACCUCGUCCGCGUACUCGUACCCCACCUCUUCCUCCAAUUCCUCUUUCCAUGAGGUCUUCGUGGAGGAAGCCUCCAAAGAGCCGCCACCACCACCUCAAGUCAACGAUCCGACGGCUUCCGAUCUUGCCCCAUCUCCGACUGCGGAGAUCGACGUGUCGGAGGAGGAAGUGGUGAUCAAAUUAAUGAGUAAGGACAUGUUCGAGCAAGAAUCCACCGUGGUGUUGCUACGGCAAGCCACCAGGGAGAGCCUGAACAGCCGAAUUGCCCUCUGCACGCCUCGUCUCCUCGCAGCCCUCCGUCCCAUGCUCCUUACCCACAGCACCGCCAUCCAGAUCGAUGCCACCGCCGCAUUGGUGAACCUUUCCUUGGAGCCCGCAAAUAGGGUUCGGAUCGUCAAGUCGGGGACGGUGCUGCCGCUCGUGGAAGUGCUCGAGGGUGGCCACCCGGAAGCACGCGACCACGCCGCUGGUGCCCUCUUCAGCCUCGCCCUCGAGGACGAGAACCGGGCGGCGAUCGGUGUACUCGGAGCCAUCCCUCCACUGCUCAACCUUUUCUCCAUGCCCUCCCCCGAUGGAGCUCGCGCCCGCCGCGACGCCGGGAUGGCGCUGUACUACCUAUCUCUCGCUAGCGCCAACCGUUCCAAGAUCGCGCGAGCUCCGGGGGCGGUACGGGCACUGCUCUCCGUGGCAUCGGAGAAGGAGGAGACGCCGCCGUCACAGGGGCCGAGUUUGGUGAGGCUGGCGAUGAUGGUGGUGUGCAACCUGGCCAGUAGCACCGAGGGACGGGCGGCACUGAUGGACGGCGGGGCGGUGGCGAGAGUAGUGUCGCUGAUGAGUUCGCCGUCGGCGGCGGUGGAGGAGUACUGCGUGUCAGCGCUCUACGGGAUGAGCCGCGGGAGCCUCCGGUUCCGCGGACUGGCAAGGUCGGCGGGGGCGGAGCGCGUGCUGAUGCGGGUCGCGGAAGGCAGCGGGGGCGGCGGCGACAUGCGACAGACGAUGGCGAAGAAGACGCUGAGGGCCCUGAGGGGGGCGGACGACGACGAGGAGGCUGCCUCGCCGCCGAUGGGAUUCCUGGCGGACGACGACGGUAGCGUCGUCUCGGAGGGGAUGAUGUCAUUUCGCAGGCGUCCAAAUCAGCAUGGUAACUCGGAGCGUCUGAAAACGGCCGAGUUCUGAACUCGGCCGAGCCCCGACCGAGUUAAGAUGAAUCGCUCCCAUCUUUAUUUCCUCACUUGAUUCUUAGCUGCUAAUUGGUUUAUUACACUUAAAUUCCCCUCUGUAAUUGUCAUCAUCGUCAUUAUCAUCAUGUUGUGCUUGUUGGAGUGUCUUUCAUAAAAGUUCAUAAAUGUGAAGAAAAUUAUAAGAUAAAAAUAAGAAUGAACAUUUAGUGAGA